AUGGUGACAGGUUCAGUCGUUAAAAGGGAACACAUCAAGGGAAAUCUCAAUCCCACCAACUCUUGGCCGCCGUCUUCAUCUUCCUGCAGCUCCAGACAAAAACGGACUUCAGCUGAGAGGAUGCGUGUAGUGUGGAUAAUUCUCCUGUUCCUUGAGGAAGGAUUUGCUCUUGCACAAAAGACUAAAGAUGGAGGUGCAGGAUCAAAAGUUGUAAGACCUUCCCAACGGCCGCGGCAAUCUCAUCACUGUGGAAACUGGGUACGAAACACAGAAGGUGGCACCUUCAGCUCCCAAAACUACCCGAAAACAUACCCUGCCAACAAGGAGUGCCUGUACGUACUGGAAGCCCUGCCCCGCCAGAGGAUAGAGCUGCUGUUUGAUCCGACCUUUUACAUCGAAGCGUCAUUUGAAUGUCGUUUCGACCAUAUUGAGGUGCGGGACGGCCCCUUCAGUUUCUCGCCACUCAUCAAUCGCUUCUGUGGCUCAUCCAGUCCUGGACUCGUCCUCUCUAGCGGACGUUUCAUGUGGAUCCGCUUCUUCAGCGAUGAAGAGCUUGAGGGAAUUGGCUUUCAGGUCCAGUACAGCUUUACAGCAGAUCCUGAAUUUCAUCUGCACGUGGGAGGACUCUUAAACCCCAUCCCAGAUUGUCAGUUUGAGCUGUCUGGGGCUGACGGCAUGAUCCGCUCCAGUCAGGUGGAGGAAGAUUAUAAAGUAAAGCCAGACCAGGCAGUGGACUGCAUCUGGACAAUACGAGCCCCUACAAACAACAGGAUUUACCUGCGUUUCUUGGAAUACCAGAUGGAAAACUCAAAUGAAUGUAAGAAGAACUUUGUGGCUGUUUAUGAUGGCAGUAAUGCCAUUGAGGACCUAAAGGCCAAGUUUUGUAGUACAGUAGCUAAUGACAUCAUGCUGGACACCGGUGUUGGAGUAGUGAGGAUGUGGGCUGAUGAGGCAAGCCGUCUCAGUCGCUUCCGGAUGCUGUUCACUUCUUUUGCAGACCCACCCUGUUUAGGCAGCGCAUUCUUUUGCCACAGUAACAUGUGCAUCAACACAUCUCUGGUGUGCAACGGCAUACAGAACUGUGUCUUUCCCUGGGAUGAAAGCAACUGCAAAGAGAAAAAGAGCAAAGGUGUUUUUCACCAGAUCACAAAGACUCAUGGGACAGUAAUCUGUGUGUCUACGGGAGUGGUGCUACUGCUCCUCAUCGUCUCCAUCCUGGUGCAAGUCAAACAGCCACGAAAGAAGGUGGUACGUAAGAAUAACCUGUUCCACCGAGGCGACUUCCAGGAGGUGUUUGACCCUCCGCAUUAUGAACUCUUUACUCUCAGAGACAAGGAUAUGUCUGGGGACCUUGGUGAGUUAUCAGAAGAACUCCAGUCCCUGCAGGCACUCAGGAGAUCCUCAUCAGGCUCACGCUGCAUUCACGAACACCACUGUGGCUCUCAAGCUUCUGUCAACUCCGUCAAAGCCAGUCAAGGUGCACAUGACAUGGCCGGGGGGUCCCUUGAGCUUCCUCCUUUCAGAGGGGAACUUCAAGGCGCAUUACCUCCCCUCAGGGACCUGAACAGCAGUAUGCGGAAGAAGAGCUGGCCUAGUAUGAAACCAGGACGAAUGCAGGACCAUCAUGGUAUGGGGGAUAGAGCAAUGGGGCGGCAGGAUAGAGUGAUGGAAGAGGACGAAGAGGAGGAGGAAGAUGGAAGGUAUGAUGUGUAUGUACGCAGAGCAGGAAGCCGAAGAGGGAACUAUGAAAUGGCCCAGCAAAGAUCCUUGUCCAUGGAUUUCUGA